GUUUGAGUGAUUGUGUUAGAGAACAGCUGACUAAGUCUUUCGAGGUUUGGCUACCUGGGACAUUGACCGAAGAAAGAUCAUGUCCGAAAGCGGUCAAAACCUCGAGAACUCGCACCAAGCCAGUUUCCAUUCGUGCGACUCCUCUCAAAAGGAAACAGCCGCGCUAAUGGGACGUUGUAUGAAUAAGUGUAAAGGAGAAAUCCCUAUCGGUGAAAAGGCCAUAUGUCCAUUGAACGCAAAGCAUGAAAGUUUUGCUGAAGAAGUGGACCAUAAAGAAUCUCUAAAUCCCUUUCAGUCAGAAAGUUGUAAAAUGCAGCGAGAAAAGGGUGAUACUGAUGGGAAAACUCAGAAAAACCAAGUAUUUGAAAGUUUUUCGUCGGCAACUUCCCUCAAGUGUACGUCAUGCGAAGCAACCGAGACCGGAUGCGAGAGUGGGCUAGAAGUAGUAGGCGGCAUACGAAAUUACAAUUCUUUCGCUAGCGAAGCAGAUGAAAGUGGAAAAAAUUCCCACAAUGAUCCAGAAAUAGAGUCAAACGGGAAUGACCAACAACCAGAGAAAAGACUGAACGAAGACUGUUUGAGUAUGAGUGAACAAACUGUAGUAUCAUCCGAAGAGGGAUUGAACUCGAUCGACGGCAGGAAAUCAAUUGAACAGCGAUCACCACAAUCAGAAAGUGAGACACUUGUCCCUGAAACUAAUGGUUGUUUGGGAAACGGUGAAAGGAUCCCUAAAGAAGAGCGAUUUGACUAUACAAAAUACAUACCGAGUGAAGACCUUAAAGAGGAUUUUCUUAAGUCGAUUGGCAAACCUUCAAAUGGCCAGGUGUACGAUACCAAAUGCCAAUUCACAAGUUAUCCAUUUGCCUUACAACAGUGGCCUCUAGAGUACCAAUUUGCUCCUCAGUUUCAAAACCCCAAUGGCUACCAGUCCACUGGAGUACCACAAACUUUUUUGUCCUUCUCCAACAUGUACAAUAUGAUUCCUGCAGUAUCAACAGGUCAGGCUUCGUUCACAUGCUCAUAUGGGUUUCAUGACCAAACUGGUGGACCAGGGUCCCUACAGUCACCAGGUCAGGGGUAUGACUAUUGUGUUUAUCCAGCAGCCAGGCCCAGCUAUUAUCGAUCCCUCUCCAGACGCAGAAAUUUCAACAAUUCAUUUCGUCACAGCAAUCACAAAAACCAUGACUCCAAUAAUUAUGAAAUCCACACUGAGAACUUAUUGAAUAAUUUCAACCAACCAGAGAUUAGCUUGGGAGAAGGCCAUCAUCUGAACAAGGUCAGUAAAAAAGAUGUCCACUUCGAGGAGAACCCUAUUGAAGAUGGUGAUAUCCAAGAACAUUUUGUAGAUAUUGGUGAAGUCCCUGCCAAACAGGAGUCAGAAGUUUCUGGAGGUAGCAGGUCGGUGAAUCUUCAUUCCUCCCAGGAUGACUUAAAGAAAAGUGAGAUUGAAAAACAGAUUCGGAAGAUUAAAAAGAAACUGGCAGAAAUUAGUGGCUUAGAGGAGAAGUACUGCAAAGGGGCAAAAUUAGAUUGCGAUCAACUGAAGAAAUUGUCAAGGAAGAGUGAGUUUGAAGAUCAAUUGCAAUCACUCAACUUAUCAUAGCAUUAUGGAUUUAGGAUCACCAAAUAGUGACUUUGAUGAAAGUUGAGCUCUAAGCCCUGAACAUUAAAAUCAAGAAGAAAAAUUGCCAAUCAGAUUUUGAGAGUGAAGGAGUUACUUGAAGUGGUUUAUAAGACCUAACAGUUUAGAGAGCAAAAAGUAUAGGAGAUUCCUUUCCAGUCAUCACAAAAUACAGAUUUUGAUUCACAAGUUAAAACCAACAUCUAAAGUUGAAAGGUAUUGCUAAGGUGUGGUGACUAGAUUUAGACUCAGACAAUGUGAGAAUUAUAAAUUGUAUGUGAUUACAAGAGAUACCUGCUCUUCUUCUCUUAUGCCUUGGAAAAUUCAUGUAGAUGAUGAUGAUCAAAAGAUCAAAAGAUGUGUUUUUAUGUCUUUCAUGUCUCCAUCCAGCUGUUCUUUGCACUUCCCAAAGUUUUGGUUGUUUUUGAAGGUUUAAGCAAAAGUUUGAUAGAAAAAACCUUAAAUUUGCACAAUUUUCAUGUUCUUCACUUUAAAUAGUAAUUUGAAGGUCUUAUAUUUGAAUUUUAAUCCUGCAGUUGAAUAUCUUCAAUCAAUGUAUUUACUGUGGAAAAGUUUUGGACAAAUUUAUGUACUGGUAGUUUCUGCAACUAACAAAGGAUAAAUCAAGUUUGUUGCAUCAUGAUAGCUUUCACUGAAAUUAUGGUAAUAUAGGUAGUUUUCAAAAACUUUCUCUGAUAUAGCUCCAUCUUUUGAGCCUAGGGAUAAGUACUGGCCUUUGGCAGUGGUAAA